AUGGGUAAACGGCAACAUCAAAAAGAUAAAAUGUAUCUCACUUCGUCAGAGUGGGUAACAUUAUAUGGAGGAAAAAAAGCAGGAUCUUUGACUGAUAAUUCACUAAAAUACAGACGACUCCCUUUUGAUCACUGUUGCUUGUGCUUGAAACCGUUUGUUCACCCUUACUGUGACUCAAGUGGCAACGUAUUUGAUCUUCAAGCUGUAGUACCCUACUUAAAAAAGUUCAAAAAAAACCCUGUAACUGGAGAAAGUUUGGAUGCAAAAUCAUUGACCAAACUUAAGUUUCAUAAAAAUGCUGCGGGAGAAUAUCAUUGCCCUGUUUUAUUUAAAACUUUUAAUAAGCAGUCACAUAUUGUUGCCAUUAAAAAAACAGGAAAUGUUUUUUCACAUGAAGCUGUAGAACAGUUAAACAUAAAAAAUAAAAAUUGGAAAGACUUACUUAAUAGUGAACCUUUUGAAAGAAAAGACAUAAUUGUUAUUCAAGAUCCGAAUAAUAUUGAUAAGUUUAAUAUUUCUAAUUUUCAUCAUGUCAAAAACGAUUUAAAAAUUGUUGAUGAGGAUACAUUAUUGAAAGAAGAAGAUCCAAAUUCUAGAUUGAAAUUCAUAAAUAAUGAAGCUAAGGCUAUUUUGGGAGAACUUAAUGAAAAAUAUAAACCACCUGAUAUCGAAAUUAAUAAAAAGGAAGAGAAAAAAAUUGCUGAUAAAUUUAAUGCGGCACAUUAUUCUACUGGUAAGGUAGCUGCGAGUUUUACAUCUACUGCUAUGGUUCCUGAAACAAAGCAUGAAGCGGCUGUUAUCGAAGAAAGUACCUUAAGAUAUGAAAAAAUUAAAAAAAAAGGUUAUGUAAGACUUGUUACCAAUUUUGGCCAUUUAAAUGUAGAACUUUAUUGUGACUUGGUUCCAAAAGUUUGUGAAAAUUUUUUAAAACAUUGUCUAAAUAAUUACUAUGAUGAUACAAAAUUUCACAGAUCUAUUCGAAAUUUUAUGAUUCAAGGUGGUGAUCCAACUGGUACAGGUACAGGAGGUCAGUCUAUAUGGGGAAAACCUUUCGAAGAUGAAUUCAAACCUAAUUUAACUCACAAUGGAAGAGGAAUAUUAUCAAUGGCUAACUCAGGAUCAAACACCAAUAAAUCCCAGUUUUUUAUAACAUAUCGCUCGUGCAAGCAUUUAGACAAUAAACACACAGUAUUCGGAAAAGUUGUAGGAGGUUUAGAAACGUUGACUAUCAUGGAAAAUAUUGAAACAGAUAAUAAAGAUAGGCCUAUACAAGAUAUAAUAAUAUUAAAGACUCAAGUAUUUGUCGAUCCUUAUCAAGAAGCUGAUGAUUUAUUACAAAAAGAAAGAGAAGAAGCUAGAAAAGCUGAAGAAUUAGAAAAUAAAAAGGCAGAGAUAAAAAAAGAAGCUCCUCCGUUAAAAGUGUAUAGAUCAGGAGUAGGAAAAUAUAUUAAUUUAGAAGAACAUUCAAAAAUGAAUUCAGAUAAAAAGUUGGAGCCAUCUAGUAAGAAAAGAAAAGAAGUAGGAUAUGAUUUUAAAAAUUUCAAUAGUUGGUAG